AACCCCCGCCACGCCAUGUCCGAGUUUCCCAAAAAUUGGCGGGACGGAGCAGAUCACCAGCUUCACUUCACAGUCUCUCACGACACAAUCUUGCGUGCCCUCGUUUGGGAACCCGAGUCGAGACGGUCGGGCUUGUGAUCCAGCUCCGCGGCAAUGUCCCCCGGGGUUCGGCAUCUAAAUGUCCUGGGCGAGUUCAAGCCCUUCGGUUUGGUGGCCGAAGCGCUUGACGGCAAGCCCCAGGACGACUCCGCCGACAAGUACGAUUACUUCCUUUUCGACUCCAAUGUCGCUCGAGAAGCAGGUAAAAGCGCCUCGACGAGCGGCUUCGGCGAUCACGAGAUUUUCAUAAGAGGGAACAGGAUCAUAUGGACUACAGGUUCACGAGUUUAUAAAAGAUUCACAGUAGCCUCUCCAGUCAUCACGGCAUGCUGGUGUCACCUGGGUGAUAUGGGUGAGGCGCUCCUCUGUGUCUUGCAAGCCGAUUCUUUGACAGUCUAUAAUGCUUCAGGUGAAGUCGUGACGAUCCCCCUUCCUCAGUCCAUCUCUUCAAUUUGGCCUCUUCCAUUUGGUUUACUGCUGGAGCAAGCUGCAGAAGGAGACUUCUCACAUAACAUCCAUUUCUCAUCAUCAAUCCUUUCAUCUGGUGCUUGUGACACUUCGCACCCUAGAAGAGAAAUUGGACAUAGUCCGCAAAGUAAUUUUAGUUGCAUGAGUCCAUUCGUUAACGUACUGAAGGGAGAUACAGCUUUGUUGUCUUCACAUUUGAUUCUCAAGGAUCCAAUGGAAGAUCCACAAUUUGUGUAUGUUGAAGACAGAGGAAAACUUACCAUAAUGAAGGGUUAUAACGAAAGGACUAUAUGGACCAGCGAUCAAGUACCCUUGAUGGCGUCAUAUAAUAAAGGAAAAGCUCAACACUCUUUAUGGGUGGCAGAAGUUGUUAAUCCUACUGCAGAUGAGGCGAUGUCUAGUUUGCCAGAUGUAAAUCCUGUGGGAGUUCAGCUGAAACAGUUCUCCUUCCACAGAAUUUGGCAGGGAAAAGGUGCUCAUGCGGCUGCUUGUAAGGUUUUUAUGGCAAUUGAUGAUGACACAACUCCAAUAAUUUGUUUUCUUCUACAAGGACAGAAGAAGUUGUUAUCCUUAAGGCUUCAAAUUUAUGAAACAAACAGCGACGUCCUUUUUGAUGUCAAGCCCGACAUGAGCUGGAGCAUACCUGCUGUAUCAGCUGCCCCGGUGGUUGUGACACGGCCAGGAGUAAAAGUGGGACUUCUUCCUCAUACGGACAUUAUUGUGUUGGCACCAGAAAACACCCUUCUUCUUUAUUCAGGGAAGCUAUGCCUAUGUAGGUAUUUGUUGCCUUCUUGUCUGAGUAGGUGUCGGCAUCUGCAUAACGUGGAGUUCUCAGCAAAUGUAGCAGUGUCCCAUGAUGUAAAAAUCGUUGGACUAGCAGAUGCCGUUGAAGGGCGUGUUAAUAUAGUUAUCAGCAAUGGGCAGAUGUUUCGUUGUGCAUUACGUCAAAGUCCUUCAUCUUCAUUGGUAAAAGAUUGCAUGGAAGCAAUGACUGAGGGGAUGAUUUCUAGCCUCUAUAAUCAUUUUCUCGCGCUUCUUUGGGGGGAUAAUGAUGUAACCUACUUAUCAAAGGCCAAUUCAAGUGUUGACUCAGAAUGGGUCUCAUUUAGCAGCAUAAUGUUGCAAAUGUGCAGAAGAUCCACAUCCAUUUCAGAGAAACUUCCGGUUUCAACUUGUCAGUCAUCAUGGGAUUUCCUUGUGAAUAGCCAAUUCCAUCAAAAUUACUGCAAACUGAGCUCUUUUACUGGAGCUUCCUCUCAAGAUGAACUAGAGAGUCAGGCAGUAGAGUGCAGUAGAUCGGUUACAGAAGCUAAGCCCACAGAAGAUAACAUAUUUUACUCUGAGCUACUGGUGAAGAGUUUAGAUUCUUUACAUGCAGUAUAUGAAAGCCUCAAACUUGAUAAUCUGCGGAAGCUGGAUUUGGAGCUUUUAGGAGUUCUCUUAUGCAAAAUUGCCAAGUUUUUGGGUGAGGAGUGCUAUCUAGAUCACUAUGUUCGUGAUUUUCCUUAUCUCUUCAAUAAUCUUGGGAUGCAUAACUCUUCGUUGUCUGGAAGAUCUCCACCCAAUUUGUUCAGAUGGCUUGAAAACUGCUUGCAACAUGGUUUUAGCUCUGCUGAUACCAAUGAUCUUCCACCUUUAGUUUGUAAAGAGGGAAGUUUUGCUGCAAGCCGAGCCAAAAAAAUAGUUUCUUUUUAUAGUUUACUAUUCGGUGCCCAGCAGAUAGGAGGUAAUCAUCCAUGUGGAGUUUGCUGUAAUGUUGCUAUGGGAUCUUAUUCUACUGCUGAGGAGCAUACUGUCUUGGCAAUGGUCGGUGAAAAAUUUGGACUGCAACAACUAGACAGCCUACCUCCUGGUGUGUCUCUUCCUUUGCGACAUGCUUUGGACAAGUGUCGAGAAUCUCCUCCUACUGACUGGCCUGCUGCUGCUUAUGUUCUUCUUGGUCGGGAAGAUCUUGCCCUUACUCGUAUAGAGCAGCCAUGCAAAGCGAGUGUACAAGAAGCACAAGCAAACGAGAAUUUGAUUGAGAUGUCCACUCCCUACAUGCUUCAUUUGCAUCCUGUGACAAUUCCAAGUGUAAUUUUUGAUUCAUUUGGUUCGGAAAAUGCUAAGUUUGAGGAUGCAGAUUCGACUGAUGGAUCUGUCACAGAUGGUAUGGAGCAUAUCUUUACUUCUUGCAUUCAGUUGCGGUAUGGCCGGGAUUUGCGGCUGAAUGAGGUUAGGCGUCUCCUCAGCUCUGCAAGACCCGUGGCAAUUCAAACAUCUGUCAACCCUAGUGCUUCUGAUCAGGACCUCCAACAGGCUCAGUUAUGGCAGCUUGCACAAAGAACCACUGCUCUUCCCAUUGGUCGUGGCGCAUUCACUCUUGCCACUAUUCAUACGCUAUUGACUGAAGCCUUUACAGUGCCAAAGCUUGUUUUAGCCGGUCGAUUACCUGCCCAGCAGAACGCAACUGUGAAUCUGGAUCCAAACAUGAGGAAUAUACAAGAACUUAAAUCUUGGCCUGAGUUUCAUAAUGCUGUUGCCGCUGGUCUAAGGCUGGCCCCGCUUCAGGGAAAAGUGUCAAGAACAUGGAUAAUAUAUAACAAGCCCAAAGAGCCAAAUGCUGUACAUGCAGGUCUUCUUCUUGCUUUGGGACUGCAUGGAUAUCUACGUGAUUUAAGUAUCAGCGACAUAUACAAGUAUUUCUCACAGGACCAUGAAAGCACUACUGUGGGAAUAAUGAUGGGCUUGGCAGCUUCUUAUAGAGGGACAAUGCAUCCAGCAAUUUCAAAGGUUCUUUAUGUUCAUAUACCUGCUCGGCAUCCAUCAUCUUUUCCCGAGUUAGAGUUACCAACACUUGUGCAGUCAGCAGCACUUAUGUCAGUGGGGCUUCUUUUUGAAGGUUCAGCACAUCCACAAACAAUGCAAAUUCUUUUGAGUGAAAUAGGUCGAAGAAGUGGUGGAGACAAUGUGCUUGAAAGAGAGGGUUAUGCCGUCUCUGCAGGGUUUUCAUUUGGUCUUGUUGCGCUUGGGCGUGGCCUGGACAUGCUUGGAUUUGUGGAAACUUUGCUUGAUAGACUGUUUGACUAUAUUGGUGGCAAAGAACUUCACAAUGAAAGAUCUUAUUUGUUGACACCCUUAACAGAGGAACACAAUCGGGGAUUUGGGCAGGUUACUCCAGCUAUGAUGGAUACGGCGGCAUUCAAUGUUGAUGUGACUGCACCUGGGGCUAUUGUUGCCCUUGCUCUAAUGUUCUUAAAGACUGAAUCCGAGGUGAUUUUAUCUAGGCUUUCAAUUCCUUGCACACAGUUUGAUUUGCAAUAUGUAAGGCCUGACUUCAUAAUGCUUCGAGUUAUUGCUCGAAACAUGAUCAUGUGGAGCAGGGUUCAUCCUUCCAAAAAGUGGAUUGAGUCUCAGGUGCCUGAAAUAGUGAAAAUUGGUGUUGAAGGCCUUCGAGAGGAUGUUGGGAAUCUCAUGGAGACUGAUGUAGAGGCACUUGUUCAGGCAUACAUAAAUAUAGUAGCUGGAGCAUGUAUUUCUCUUGGUCUUAAGUUUGCUGGUACCAUGGAUGGAAAUGCGCAGGAGUUGCUGUAUGAAUAUGCAGUCUACUUCCUAAAUGAGAUGAAGCCUGUUGCUGCUACUAGUGGAAGCAACUUUCCCAAGGGGCUGGCCGAUUAUGUUGAUAGGGGCACACUGGAGAUUUGUCUUCAUCUUAUUGUGCUCUCUCUUUCUGUGGUGAUGGCAGGUUCUGGACAUUUACAAACGUUACGCUUAUUGAAAUUUCUCCGAGGACGAAAUUUAGCUGAUGGUCAUUCUAAUUAUGGAACACAGAUGACAAUAAGCUUGGCUCUUGGCUUCUUGUUUCUUGGGGGAGGUAUGCGCACAUUUUCUACUAGCAACAGCUCGAUUGCUGCUUUGCUGAUUACCCUCUAUCCAAGUUUGCCUGCUGGACCAAAUGAUAACCGUUGCCAUCUUCAGGCAUUCAGACACUUGUAUGUUCUAGCCACAGAAGCUCGCUGGAUUCAGACAAUCGAUGUUGACACUGGUUUGCCCGUUUAUGCUCCUCUUGAGGUCACUAUAAAGGAGAGCGAAAAUUAUUCGGAAACUAGUUUUUGCGAAAUUACCCCUUGCAUUCUACCAGAGCGUUCUAUUUUGAAAUCUGUCCGUGUUUGUGGCCCUCGAUAUUGGACUCAAAUCAUAAACCUUGUACCUGAAGAGAAACCAUGGUGGACAUAUGGUGUGAAGAAUGACCCCUUCAAUUCGGGGACCCUAUACCUUAAACGAAAGGUCGGAGCUUGUUCAUAUGUGGAUGAUCCCAUAGGGUGUCAGUCGCUGCUAUCUCGAGCAAUGCACAAGGUUUUUAGUAUGACCAAUUCGAGAGCAAGUAGUGGGGAUUCUGCUGGAAAUUAUAUCUCUGUUGAUCAGUUAGUCAGUACAUUCUCAUCAGUGCCCAGUUUGAUUGCUUUUGCACAGCUCUGCCGUGACCCAUCUUGGAAUAGCAGGUACAGACCAGAUGUUGAUUUCCAAGAGUUUUGUCUGCAAGUUCUAUUUGAAUGUGUGAGCAAGGACAGACCAGCCCUUUUGCAGGUCUAUUUGUCAUUGUACACAACUAUGGAAUUGAUGGCUGACCUGGUUAUGAAUAAUCGUGAUGUUUUAUGUGAUUCAGUCUCCGUCUCAAGUUUAAAGCUUGCUCUUGCCUACACUCAGGCAUCAUUAGGUGGAAAGCUCACCAAUGCAAGAGGCAGUGUUGUUCAGUCCAUUUUUAUAGGUUCACUUCGAAAACGGUUGGAAGAUCUCUUCAAAUGUUCUCGGCAUUUGAGAGAUGAUUUGCAUAGUUACUUGAAACUGGGAAGGUGGCCCGCUGAUGGAUCUGAUGGAAAGAGAAGGUCGAUAAUCCUUUCCUGGUAUCUCCAGUGGUUUGGCGUACCUUCUCCAUCUGCUGUGGAGAAAGCCGUGAAGAAAGUGAAUGCAAAGUCAGUAUCAUCAUCAUCUUUGGUUCCAUUACUGCGGCUACUAUUGCCAAGUACUCACAUCAGUGCUCUCAGUGAGAUAGGGAGGCUUCUAUGCUCCUCAUGACGAGUGAUUGAAGCAUUUCUCGUCAAGCUUAAGGAGUUCUCAUCAUGAGUUGCCGCUCUUCCAUUUUGUGGUUUAGCACAUCGGUGCAGCAUUCUACAAUCAUCUUCAUACUCAGGCAAGCAAACGGCAGUCUUUGUCAUUUGUGCAUUCUUGGAUAGUCGAAAUCGGGAGGCAGCAAAGGAAACCCCGUUGUUUCCAAUGCCCAAGAGUUUAGCGGGCAAUCCAUGUCACGCUUGUUGUACGACACUGGCUUUAUUUAUAGCUACCAGAUGCUUGUAUAGUAAUGUGAGGGAAGAUCUGGCAGUUCUUUUCCGGUUUCUUAUGUAUAACUUAUUGUACCCACAAAAAUGUACUUGUAAUUGGACAGAUUUCAGUUAAGCAAGGUCUUGGAUACAUGGCCAAAAGAGGGUUCCUAACGCAUUAACUUAAACGCAAA